UCAGCGAAGAAAUGGAGAGGGUUUCCUCUUCUUGGCCCAAAGGUGACUUCACUGAUAUUGUGUUUUCAUGGACUCUGGAACAAAUUUUUAACGACAAUCUGUACAAAGACCAGGUCGAGAAGAUUCCAGAAACAUUCACUUCAGCGGAGCAUUAUCUAGGUUCUUUCUUAUAUCCUUUAUUGGAGGAAACACGUGCUGAGCUUGCAGCUUCUAUGGAAGUAAUGGACAAAGCACCGUAUGCUGAAGUGAUCGCCCUUGAUGGAGCGAAGAGACACGGGGAGCCUCUGUAUAAUGUUAAUGUGGACGUUUGGAAAAAUAGAGUGCGUGAUGAAAGAGAGCCAUACAGAACAUUGCCUGGAGAUAUUGUUGUAAUCGCUGAUAAUAGACCGGUGAGUGCUUCUGAUUUGAAUCGAGCUGGGUGGAACUGGACACUUGCUUCAGUAGUUAGUAUCGUGGAUGAUGAGGAUGAUGAUGCCAAUAUCUCUACAAAUUUUGAAGUGAAAAUGCCGACUGAUCUCACUGCCAAUCUUGAAAAAUAUGAAGGAUUCCACAUUGUGUUCUUAGAAAACAUCACAACACAUAAAAGGAUUUGGAAUGCAUUGCAAAAGAGGAAAAACAUGAAGAUUAUUGACACAGUUUUGGACGCAUAUGGUGAGCUCAUUCCAUUUAUAAAGUAUGUCUUCAUAAACCUUUUCAUUCUGGUGAUAUUUGUUGCACUCAAGGCUGAGGAGAAAUGUUGUCUCUGCUCUCCACAUGCUGAUAAUAUUGGUUCCACUGAAAGCAUUGGAACUAGCAUGUUCUCCAAACUGAAUGAAUCACAAGCUAAUGCAGUACUGACUUGCCUUGAAAGGGUGAAAUGUGACCAAAUAUCGCAUGUUGAUCUCAUAUGGGGUCCUCCUGGUACUGGAAAGACAAGUACUAUUAGCAUACUGCUUUUUAUGCUCUUGAAAAAGAACUACAGAACACUUGUUUGUGCACCUACAAAUGUGGCAAUAACACAGGUGGCCUCUCGUGUGGUUAAGUUGGUAUAUGAGUCUUUUAAAGAUGAACCUUUGAAGGAAAAUUUGUUAUGUCCAGUGGGUGAUGUGCUCUUAUUUGGAAACAAGGAUAGAUUAAAGCUGGGUGUAGGCACUGAGGAGAUAUUUCUAGACUAUCGUGUUGACAAGCUUUAUGAGUGUUUGGGGCUGAAGGGUUGGAGAAACUGCAUUCUUUCAACAAUUCGUUUUCUUGAGGAUUGUGUUUCUGAUUAUGAAAUAUAUGUGGAAAAUGAAUUGAUAAAAAUGAGAGAGUUGAGGGACAAAGGUAAAACAUUGGAAGAAAGUGCACACCCUAAAUCUUUUGCCGAGUUUAUUAAAUCGUGCUCUGAAGGUACAGUAUCUCCCCUCAAAAGGUGCAUGCUUAUACUGUGUUCUCAUUUACCCAGGCAUUUCAUUCAAGAAAGAAAUUUCCAAGCUAUCAUUUCCCUGAUAUGCCUACUGGAUUCCCUAAAUGGAAUGUUAUUUCAGGAGGUUAUGGGAUCUGAAGAAUUGAACAGUGCUUUUUCACAACCAGUAAUCUCUGAUGUUUCCCCUGAGUCAUUUGCAGAUAAAUCUUCCUUGGUAUGCUUGAGAAGCCAGUGCCUCUCUUUGCUGAAAACUCUUCUACAUUCUUUAGGAGAACUUGAUCUUCCAUAUGCAUCAAAUAAAUACUUGAUAAGGGAUUUGUGUUUAAAGACAUCGACCUUGGUUUUCUGCACUACUUCUAGUUCAUAUAAGAUACACUCAAUCGAGAUGGAGCCAUUCAACGUACUGGUCAUUGAUGAAGCUGCCCAGUUGAGGGAAUGUGAAUCAGUAAUUCCACUUAAUCUUCCUGGUCUGAAGCAUGCAAUUCUUGUAGGCGAUGAAUGCCAAUUACCGGCAACCGUUCACAGCAAAGUGUCUGAUGAAGCUGGUUUUGGAAGAAGCUUGUUUGAAAGAUUAAGUUCAUUGGGUCAUUCAAAACUCAUGCUUAAUGUGCAAUACCGUAUGCAUCCAGCAAUCAGUUGUUUCCCAAAUGUGAGUUUCUAUCAUGGUCAAGUCCAAGAUGCUGAAAAUGUGAGAGGCAAAACCUAUGAGAGAAAGUAUCUUCAGGGAAGAAUGUAUGGUCCAUAUUCUUUUAUAAGUAUCCCCUGUGGAAAAGAAGAAUUGGAUGAUAUUGGGCAUAGCAGAAGAAAUAUGGUUGAAGUGGCUUUAGUAAAUAAGAUAGUGAAGGACUUGUACAAAUUUUGGCUUAGCACAGGAAAGAAGCUUAGCAUUGGUGUUAUAUCUCCUUAUACUGCUCAAGUUGUCACCUUAAAAGAUACUAUUGAAUUGAACAGUGCUUUUUCACAACCAGUAAUCUCUGAUGUUUCCCCUGAGUCAUUUGCAGAUACAUCUUCCUUGGUAUGCUUGAGAAGCCAGUGCCUCUCUUUGCUGAAAACUCUUCUACAUUCUUUAGGAGAACUUGAUCUUCCAUAUGCAUCAAAUAAAUACUUGAUAAGGGAUUUGUGUUUAAAGACAUCGACCUUGGUUUUCUGCACUACUUCUAGUUCAUAUAAGAUACACUCAAUCGAGAUGGAGCCAUUCAACGUACUGGUCAUUGAUGAAGCUGCCCAGUUGAGGGAAUGUGAAUCAGUAAUUCCACUUAAUCUUCCUGGUCUGAAGCAUGCAAUUCUUGUAGGCGAUGAAUGCCAAUUACCGGCAACCGUUCACAGCAAAGUGUCUGAUGAAGCUGGUUUUGGAAGAAGCUUGUUUGAAAGAUUAAGUUCAUUGGGUCAUUCAAAACUCAUGCUUAAUGUGCAAUACCGUAUGCAUCCAGCAAUCAGUUGUUUCCCAAAUGUGAGUUUCUAUCAUGGUCAAGUCCAAGAUGCUGAAAAUGUGAGAGGCAAAACCUAUGAGAGAAAGUAUCUUCAGGGAAGAAUGUAUGGUCCAUAUUCUUUUAUAAGUAUCCCCUGUGGAAAAGAAGAAUUGGAUGAUAUUGGGCAUAGCAGAAGAAAUAUGGUUGAAGUGGCUUUAGUAAAUAAGAUAGUGAAGGACUUGUACAAAUUUUGGCUUAGCACAGGAAAGAAGCUUAGCAUUGGUGUUAUAUCUCCUUAUACUGCUCAAGUUGUCACCUUAAAAGAUACUAUUGGCAGAAAGUAUGACAACCUUAACGGGUUUGCAAUUAAGGUGAAGUCUAUUGAUGGGUUCCAGGGUGGAGAAGAAGAUAUCAUAAUUAUAUCAACUGUGAGAUUUAAUAGUAGUGGCUCCAUUGGUUUUAUGAAAAGUUUGCAAAGAACCAAUGUUGCUCUGACCAGGGCAAGGCACUGUUUGUGGAUCUUGGGAAAUGAAAGGACACUAUUUGAUAGCAAUUCAGUUUGGAAAGGAUUAGUUCUAGAUGCAAAGGAUCGCCAAUGCCUCUUCUCUGCUGAUGAAGACAGUGGUCUGUCAAAAACUAUUUUAGAUGUCAUGAAAGAACUGGAUCAACUUGAUGAUUUGCUCAAUGCAGAUAGUAUUGUAUUCAAAAGUCAAAGAUGGAAGGUUCUUUUAAGUGACAAUUUCAAAAGAUCAUUUAAAAACUUGGUGACAUCUCGCAUGAAAAUGGCAGUGCUUAAUCUUUUAAUUAAGCUUGCUGGUGGAUGGAGACCUAAGAGAAAAGGUGUGGAUUUGGUGUGUGAAACUUCAUCACAGAUUGUAAAGCAGUUUAAGGUUGAAGGGUACUAUAUAGUCUGCACCAUUGACAUUCAGAAGGAGGUGAAAUACACACAAGUGUUGAGGGCCUGGGAUUUAUUGUCUCUUGAUGAGGUUGGAAAAUUAUUGAGACGUCUUGAUGGCAUAUUUGCUAUGUAUACUGAUGAUUUUAUCAAUUUGUGCAAGCAGAAGUGCCUAGAUGGGGACUUGGAAGUUCCAAAAGCUUGGCCAGCUUCUUAUGAUCUUGUAAGGUUCAAGAAUCUUGGUGAAAGAUUGGCUGACAGCUCAAAUGACUGUGUGGUGGAUGGUAGAAGUUACAUUGAAAAUUCAAGGGUGAAUGAAAGCUUACUGUUGAUGAAGUUUUACUGCUUAUCAUCUGGUGUUGUCCAUCAUUUGCUCUCUGACAACCAAGGUGAAGAAAUUGAUAUACCUUUUGAAGUUACUGAUGAGGAGAAGGAGGUAAUCCAAUUUGGAAGGAGUAGUUUCAUAUUGGGUCGAUCAGGCACUGGGAAAACCACUGUCUUGACCAUGAAAUUAUUUCAAAGGGAGCAACAGCAUCAACUUGCCUUGGGUGGAGUCAUGAAAGUUGAGGCAAAUGAGAUAAGUGAGUAUGCAGGAGAAAGUAGCUUUUCUAGACGUGGGAGUACAUGGAAGAGCCAAUCUGAAGUUGAUAUUAAGAGGACUACCUUAAGGCAGCUUUUUGUCACAGUUAGUCCAAAGCUAUGCUAUGCCGUCAAACAACAUGUUUCUCAUCUGAAACGGUUUGCUCAGGGGGGUGAAAUCUCUGCUGGGAACAGUGUGAUGGAUUUGGAUGAUUUGGAUGGAUUUUCUCAUUUUAAUGACAUUCCAAAUUCUUUUGUUGACAUUCCGGAUAGUAAGUAUCCUCUGGUAAUAACAUUUCAUAAGUUUUUGAUGAUGCUUGAUGGCACGCUGGGGUCUUCAUACUUUGACCGUUUCCUGGAUACAAGCAAACUUUCUCUGGACAGUAUGCCAAGAGCAGCCACUGUAGAAAGUUUCAUAAGAGGGAAAGGGGUUAGUUUUGACCACUUUUCUUGCGUGUAUUGGCCUCAUUUCAAUUCCCAAUUGACAAAGAAUCUUGAUCCUUCCAGAGUGUUUACUGAGAUAAUUUCACAUAUAAAAGGAGGCUUGCAAGUGUGUGAGACCGAUGGUUCAAAACUCACCCGUGAGGGGUAUAUUUCAAUGUCUGAGAACAGAACAUCCACAUUGAAUGAGAAGAAGAGAGAGGUAAUUUAUGACAUCUUUCUUGGUUAUGAAAAAAUGAAGAUGGAGCGGGGUGAAUUUGAUUUAGCUGAUUUAGUGAAUGAUCUUCAUCUUCGAUUAAAGAGUGAAAACUUGAAUGGUGACAAAAUGGAUUUUGUAUAUAUUGAUGAAGUUCAAGACCUUACAAUGAGACAGAUUUCACUGUUCAAGUAUAUUUGCCAAAAUGUUGAUGAAGGCUUUGUAUUUUCUGGAGAUACAGCACAAACAAUUGCCAGGGGGAUAGAUUUUAGGUUUGAAGAUGUGCGGACUUUAUUCUAUGAGGAGUUUAUGAUGAAAUUAAAGGGUGAUGGACCUCCGGCACGAAAAGAUAAAGGUCAUCUUGCUGGGGUCUCUUGUUUGCUACAGAACUUUCGUACUCAUGCUGGUGUUCUAAGGCUUGCACAGAGUGUAAUUGAUAUUCUUUGUCAUUAUUUCCCUCAAUCUAUUGAUGCUUUGGCACCAGAGACCAGUCUUAUAUAUGGUGAAGCUCCUGUAUUACUUAAGCCUGGCAGUGAUGAAAAUGCUAUUGUAACUAUCUUUGGUAACAGCGGGAGUAUUAGUGGGAAAAUGGUGGGCUUUGGCGCUGAGCAAGUCAUAUUAGUGCGUGACGAGUCGGCUAAGAAGGAAGUUUCUGUCUUGGUUGGAAAACAAGCACUUAUUCUAACAAUAGUUGAAUGCAAGGGCUUAGAGUUCCAGGAUGUACUGCUUUACAACUUCUUUGGUUCUUCACCACUUAGUAAUCAAUGGAGAGUAGUAUAUGAAUUUAUGAAACAGCGAGAUAUGCUUGACUCGAGAUUUCAUCAAUGCUUCCCAAGUUUUUGUGAAGCAAGGCAUACCAUUUUGUGUUCUGAAUUAAAGCAGCUCUAUGUGGCUAUUACUCGAACAAGGCAAAGGUUAUGGAUCUGUGAAAGUAUCGAGGAGUUUUCAAAACCGAUGUUUGAUUAUUGGAUGAAAAUGUGCCUUGUGGAGGUAAGGGAGGUUGAUGACUCACUUGCACAGGCUAUGAGACUGGCAAGCACUCCUGAGCAGUGGAGAUCACGGGGAAUUAAUCUCUUUUGGGAGAAAAACUAUGAAAUGGCUAUUAUGUGUUUUGAAAGGGCAGGAGAGAGAAACUGGGAGAAAAGAGCUAAAGCUACCAGUCUCAGGGACGCUGCUGAUCGUAUGCGGGAUUCAAAUCCCAAUGUCUCCUGUACCUACUUGAGGGAAGCUGCUGAAAUAUUUGAGUCUAUUGGAAGGUUUGAAUCUGCAGCUGAAUGUUUUUGUGACCUGAAGGAGUAUGAACGUGCAGGAACGAUUUAUCUGAAGAAGUGUGGCAAAGGUGAACAUAAAAAAGCUGCAGUGUGUUUUACAAGGGCUGAACGUUAUGAGAGUGCUGCAGACAUAUAUGCAAAACACAAUUGUUUCUCCGAGUGUUUGUCAGUUUGCAGAAAGGGACACCUAUAUGAUAUGGGAUUGAAAUAUGUAGAAUACUGGAAACAACAUGCUCAAGAAAGAGGGAUAGAAAUAGAUGGAAUUGAACAGGAAUUUCUUGAAAGCUGUGCAUCUGAUUUCUUUGAGCACAAUGAUAGGAAAUCAAUGAUGAAGUUUGUUAAAGCUUUUAAGUCGUUAGACCAUAAGCGUAGGUUCUUGAAGCCUCUGGAUUGUCUAGACGAAUUGUUAUUGUUAGAGGAGGAGUCUGGCAAUUUUGCUGAAGCUGCAGAACUUGCAAAACUGAAAGGAGAUCUUUUACGAGAGGCAGAUCUGCUAGGUAAAGCUGGAAAUUUCAGCAAGGCAUCCUCACGCAUCCUUUGGUAUGUGCUUGCCAACUCUUUGUGGGUGCGUGGAUGCUGUGCAGCCUGGCCCCUGAAGAAAUUUGAAUCUAAGGAUGAACUCUUGAAAAAGGCCAUUUUGUUUGCAAGUAAUGAAUCUGAUGCCUUCUAUGAAUCUGUUUGUACUGAGGCAAAGGUCUUAUCACAUGAUCCAAGUAAUUUGUGUGAAUUGAGACGUGCUUCAAGUGCUUUGCAGAAAUGUGGGAGUCUCAAAGGUGAAAUUUUGUGUCUAAGAAAAAUUAUUGAUGUUCACACUCAAAUUAAUGCCACAAAGUACUCAUGGGAAGACAAGCUUCCUUUUGACCUGAAGUACCCAGAUGACACCAUGUUCUGUGACCAACUCUCUGUUGGAACCCUGUGUCACUUUUGGAAUCUAUGGAAGAGAUAUAUCUUAGACGUUCUUGAGUCCCUUAACUGUCUUGGGGUACAGGAUUUUGGUAAAUAUAAAGGCUACGGGGAGUUCUGCCUGGAUUAUUUUGGUGUGCGGCGACAGUAUUCUGAUAUGAAAGUGAGCUAUCUUCUGUUAAAUCCUGAUGCUGAAUGGGUUAAAAAGGUCAAUCAAAGUUUCUUGAGGCAGAGCAAAAAUAUGGUCUCAAUUGAUGUUAGACAUUUCAUAAUUGCUGCACGGAAUUACUGGCAGAAUGAAGUUCUCUCUGUAGGCCUUAAGGUUCUGGAAACCCUUGAAUCGCUUUAUAGCUUUUCCAUGAGGUCGCCGUCUCUGUUCAGCCAAAGCAUGUGCCUGGUAAAUAUAUAUGCCAUUGCCAGCGACCUGCACUGCAAGAAUUAUGAUGCAAAACUGCGAAAGUUCUUCGAACUUUCAAUGCAGUACUUAGAAAAAGUUUUUCCUUUUGAUUACCAGAAGCCUUUGGAGGAAAACAUAAUUUCUUUAAGAGGAACACAGGUCUCCAGACAGUUACUUGAAGAAUGUAUUGUUAAUGAUCUUAGUAGAAAAGGUGAACUUACACUUGGGCAGAUUGGACGGUUGAUGAUGAUAUGGCUUGGGUCUGCUGAACCUGCAGAUGAACUGUGCUGUAAAAUUUUUGAAAGAACCCGAGAAGAUUCGAAUUGGAAAGCUUUCAUUAACAUACUGAGGAGUGUUAGAGAGCCUAAAAAUGAAACAGCAUCAGCUGGUUCUCAAGAGGCUUCACCUGUAGAUCCAUGUAAAGCAGGUUUUCUUUUGGUUUCCAGAUUCCAUGAAGCUUUGAACGAAACUUAUCAAAUCCAUUGGCAGAACAUUUAUGACUACAUAUCUCCUCACUGCUUCUUAUAUCUGGUUGAACGUUUCCUGAUCUUGGCAUUCUGCUCGAGUGGUUUCUUUUACACAACAAAAUCCUCUUUUCUUGAGUGGUUGAUUUUUCAGAAACCAGGUGUCAAUGUGAUUGCAGGUUUUCCAACAAGAUUGCCGUCUAGUGAAAUGUUCUAUAAGUCCAUCACUUCCAUGGUGCAUUGGCUCCUCUUCCACAAAAUCGAGACAGCUCGUUGGAUUGAGAAGUCUAAAAUUCAAUUCAGAAACUAUCAUAAGUUGCUGGUUUUGAGGUUGGUGGUCAUUCUUUGCUCACUGUGCAUGAACACGUCCUCUGUGGAACCUCGGGAUGCUCUCACUCAUGCUUUAAAGACUCCAUAUAUUUCUUCUGAGCUACCGAGAGAAUUCAAUGCAGUGUUCAGACGUGGAGGGAAGCACACUGCAUUCGUAGAUAGAGUAAAAAUUGCUGAAGCUCUGAGAGUUCUCGGAAAUCCUGCUUUGCUCGUGAACUUGAAAGAAAAUACUCCUACCUCUGUGUGUCCCAACACCUUUUAUUUAGGCAUACACCCAAAUUCUUGCAGAGAGGACAUCAUCGAAAUGCUGUUCCCAAGGAAAAGCGUUACUUCUGCAGUGCAGAAAUCCAUGAAGAACUCGUGUUGUGUGCUUCCCCUGAUUGCAGACAAGACUUCAUUGUUGCCAUCUCCAGACAAAGCCUCCAAGCAAAAUCAGGCCCAGAAGGAUGAAGAAGUUAAAAGCACCCUGCAAAUGAAAUGGCACAUUUUGGAGGAAGAAUUAGUUUCCUCCAGGACUGAAGAGACUGAAAAUGAAGGGAAGGCGAGAAUCUGGACAACUACUACUUGCUUUAAAUCAUCAGAGGACUUGAAUGAAUGCAUACAAUUCACGACUGCCGUGGUUAAUUACAUGUCUGGGAAGGAAACUCAAUCUGGGGAAGAUGCAGAUAUGCUGAAGGAAGCCGAAAGCAUGCUUCAAGAAUUGAAAGAACUGUCAGACAAGUUGAAUACAAGUUGUGUGGACGAGGAGGAAAAGCGAGCAGACGUGGUCAAAUUGCAGAAGAGCUUGCAGUCGAGGAAGCCUAGAUUGGAAGCUUUCUUGAACAACAUCGUUGUGGGGAAGGACGGUGGUGAGGUUACGUUUGUGGAUUCAGAACGUGACGGGGCUGCAAACCAGGGAUCGGCUGAGGUUGUCGACGAGGAUGCCGGUAAUGUGGUGUCGGAGAGCGGCGGCGUGAAGAAUGAGGGUGAGCGCAAUAAAGCGAAGGCGAAGAACAAGUCCAAGAAACGCAAGGGAAAAGGUGGCCGCGGGAGAUGA